AUGAGCAAUAAAGACUCCUAUACCGGCUCCAGAAGAGACGGUGAUCGUUACCUGAGCUCUGAUAGACACAAUCUGCGAGACAGAAAUCCCCGCCAAAGAGACCCCAGAGACUUGGCUCCCGGUGAACGAGAACAUCUUAGAGAAAGAGAUACACGAGGAGUUGACCCUCGAAUGUCGAGAUAUAACGACUAUCGGGAACCAAACUUUAGAGAUCGCAGGUAUGGGAAUGGGAACCAAUAUAAUAGAGGCAGACCGUACGAAAAGUAUAACCCACGAAGAGAUAAUAAUAGACACAGAGGCGACCACAGACGAGAGAAACAAGACAACCAUUUCAACCCAGAUGCAUCCCUUACCAAGGAGGAGAAAGUAGCCAAAUACGAGAAGAUUCUUAUCGAGCAAUUGAAAUACCCUACGUUAAGUACGUUUCCAAUCAAGAAUUCUCAGUGGGGAAUUCGACCAAAAGGGUUUGAAGACGUAACGGCACAAAGAGCGAAAUUAUCUGGCCUCUUUCCACUUCCUGGAUCACAGGCAGCUGAGCCUGCUAAGUUAGAUGCAAUUGAAAAGGGCAGCGCCAAGUCUGAUGUACUUUUGUCCACUUCGAAAAUUGAUCCUAUCGAUUCUAGACACUCACGCACUGUCAUCGUCACAAAUAUUGAUUUUCUGAAGGUAGAUUACUUGAAAUUGGCUGACUACAUUAAUAAGCAUUUAUGCUCUGCGGACUUGGAGGGAACGUUUCUUGAUGACAAUAUCGAGUUGAAAAAGAAAGCUAAAGAUGGGAAAAGUCUCAUAAUCCAGUUUAAAAGUAGUCAAUGUGCUACAUUCGCUUUGACGAUGAACGGAAAAGACAUUCCUAUGGAACAAAUUAGCCAGAAUGAAUCCUCUGAGACAGUUGUUCUCUCUUUGGAAAGACCAGGAGAGUACGUUGUUCAGUGCCUUCCUCCAUAUUCCCUGGAAGCAACUGAUAUCGAUGACGAAGUUAUCGAUAGUCCUCGAAAAGUCACUAUAUUUGUUGAUCCACUGGUCACCGAGACAAUGCUAUUGGAUGAUUUACAAAAAAUCGCCAAGGUUAAGGCGUUCAAACUUGUCAGAGCAGUCGGCACAAAAGAAUCAUUAGGCGUCGCGUUUGUCGAGUUUUACAUCAGCUCAAAAGAAUGCACCAAUACGAAAAGUGCAUUGAAACUCAUCGGGACCUACGUUGAAGAAGCCAAAAAAUUGGAUAUUGUCAGCAAAAUUGAAUUUUCAUGCAUAAAGAUCGGAGAGAACUAUACAUCUCUAACCAGCAUCCAAGACUGUCCUAUUGAUUUCAAAACCUUGAAAUCAUUGGUCAGGAACGAAUACGUGCAAUUUCAUCCGAAGCUGAAGGUCAUACAACUUAUCAAUAUCGUCACUAUUGAAGAUUUAUGCAACGACGAGACAUAUAAGUUCAUCUAUCUGGAUAUUUUUGAGGAAGCGAAAACAUUUGGUACCGUUUUGUCUUUGAAAAUACCCAAGCCAUCAUACAAAAAAUCUCCUGGUGUUGAAGAAGUUAAUGAGCCUGGCGUGGGAAAAGUUUUUGUUGAAUACGAAGACGAGAAAACUGCAUUAAGCGCAAUUAUGGGUUUAGCGGGCCGUUCAUAUAACGAUAGAACAGUUCUCUGUGCGUUUUUCAACCAUGAAGAUUACAUCAGAGGCUUGUUCUAG